AAUCGGAAGAAGGAAGCCAUCUUUAUUUGCAGGCGUAUUUGUCUGCUUACGUAGAUAUUGAAAAAAGGCUGGUAUUUACAGACUGAACCAAAUUGUCCCAUUUUAAUUGAAGAUUGUGUUCAUAUUAAUUGUCUAAAAUGAAUCCAGAAUAUGAUUAUUUGUUUAAACUCCUGCUUAUUGGUGAUUCUGGUGUAGGAAAAUCCUGUUUACUUUUAAGAUUUGCUGAUGACACAUACACAGAAAGUUAUAUCAGUACUAUUGGAGUAGAUUUUAAAAUUCGUACCAUAGAAUUAGAUGGUAAAACAAUCAAAUUACAAAUUUGGGAUACAGCUGGACAAGAAAGAUUUCGUACUAUAACAUCUAGUUAUUAUAGAGGAGCUCAUGGUAUUAUUGUCGUAUAUGAUGUUACAGAUCAGGAGUCUUUCAAUAAUGUAAAACAAUGGCUACAAGAAAUAGAUAGAUAUGCUAGUGAGAAUGUUAAUAAGUUACUAGUUGGUAAUAAAUGUGAUUUAACAGCUAAAAAGGUUGUGGAUUACACCACAGCUAAGGAAUAUGCUGACCAGUUAGGAAUUCCUUUCCUGGAAACUAGUGCCAAGAAUGCCACAAAUGUUGAGCAGGCAUUUAUGACAAUGGCUGCAGAGAUCAAGAAUAGAAUGGGCCCAGUGACUGCCGCAUCUGAACAUAAACCAUCAGUGAAAAUUAAUUCCAGUACUCCGGUCAAACAAAGUGGCGGUGGAUGUUGCUAAAAAUAGCCUAAUCUAGUGAGCGGACUUUAUCUAAACUAACAGAAAAAAAAAACAGCCAACUCUUUACAAUGUCAUGGGACAAUCUAAUUUGAAUGUGGACACACUGGCUAGAAUCCAUGAUGUUAUAAACAGCUACAGAAUUAUUUUACUUUAAUAUUAUUAUUUUUUUUUUUUUCUUUUUCGUGGGUGAGAAAGUCAAUUUUAUUUUAGUGACUGAAUUACAAUUGACUUUUUCAUUGUCAAAGUUGGGAUAUAAAUAUUAUGAAAUGUAAAGAUCAUAUAGACUGUAAGAGAUAGACAGUUUUGUUGAUAUUAAUGAAAGCUGUUUCAUACAAGACCAAUAUUAGGUGUAACUCUGUGGGAUGGAAGUGUGUACUUGAUUUCAUGUUUAUUAUUAUGACGUCGUCAUUAAAUUCUUAACAAAUAUUAUGAAGAGGAGAUAUCUUUUUAUGUGGAAGAAGAAAAUAAUUAUUUAUUCAUGCCCCCACCCUUUAAUUCUCCCUUUUCAUUCAAUGUACAAAUUAUUAAUAUAACUUUUAGUUUUUUUUUGUUAAGAUUUCUUAUUAAUAUAUAUUAUUAAAGCUCUUUAUUUAAGUUUGUAUCUAUUUUGCUGCAUUUGAAACCAAAAAUGUUCUUCGAAAUUGUCGAUUGAAGUGCAGGCAUUGAAAUGGUGAAAUAUUAUUAGUCUUUAGCCACCUGGUGUAGAUAUCAUUCCUUCAUGUUGUAAAUUUAAAUUUUCAAAAUUUGAUGUGUACAGUAUAUUUUGCAGACUGUCUGUGGAAAAAAAUGAGCAAAAAUUUAGAAAAUUUCAUUGAUUUGGGAUGAUUUUAUCAAGUUUAAGUGUACAAUGACAAUAUCUUGUGAUAUUUGAGUUAUCUCUCUUAUAUUGUGUUAUGUCCAUUUUAUUAAAAAAAAAAUAUGAAGAACAAUUUUGUUUUCCUUUUUUUGUGGUUCCAAAUAUUGAUUUUCUCAUACAAUUUGAUAUAGGGCUGGGCGAUAUUGGUUCACAUUGAUAUCACGAUGUAGGUAUAUAUCUGAACAAAAAUUUUAUAUCGCGAUAUUUGCCAUUAAUGUUAAUAUGGUGAUGUUUUGGUAUUUUUAAAGCAGACAUAACCACAUGAAUUCCUUAUGUGAAACUAGUAUAUCACCCAGCCCUUGUAGUAAAGCAUUCCAAAAUCAAUCCAUUACAUUUCUUUCUGGUUUUAUCAAAUUUACAGUCAUAGUUAUUUCGACCAGGGCUUAUUCCAGGCAAGCUGAUUUUCGAUUUGAAUAUUUCUAUUCCCAAGAGCUCUUGUUGUUUUCAUAUGUUUCAAAUGAUUUAGAAACCAAAAUUUGAACUGGAAAUGAAAUCCAACUCGCUGGACAGGAUUGUGUAAUCCAAAUUUUUUAACCCCUCCUCCUUUAUACUUUAAACUUGGUAAUUCAAAAAAUCUUGACUAGGACGUAAAACUCCAUUCAUUUCAUUCAUAAAGUCUGAGAUGUUACCAGAAUUGACCGUGACAUUAAUUAAAUAAUACAGGAAUUUUAUACGAGCAAAAUCAGCUCCAAACACUUAGAUUUUGGAAAAUAUAGCUAAAUGUUUCACUUAGUUGGAAGGCAUCAUCUGGUUUUGAUUUUUACUAUGUGGCCUGUAUAAAAUUUUGCUUUUGAUUUGAUGUAUAUUUUAAAUAUCAGUGACUGUGCACCUGAAUGUAAAUUUAUGUUGGAAUUUAUGCCAAGUCUUCUUCCUUGAUUCAACGUAACCUAUCCUUUAUGCUUUUGUUAAAUUAAAGUGCAGUUAUGUCCCUUGAACUUUACAGACGACAUUGGUUUCCAACGUUUUAGACUUGAGGGUCUCUUACCCCAACCUAGUUCAUGUGCCAGCUUAGUUUUAAUUCAGAACAGGUUCAUAUUUAUUCAUAACAAGGUCAUGUUUAGUCAGAGCAGAUUCCUGUUUAUUCAUAACAGAUUCCUGUUUAUUCAUAACAAGGUCAUGUUUAGUCAGUGCAGAUUCCUGUUUAUUCAUAAAACAAGGUCAUGGUUAGUCAGAGCAGAUUUCUGUUUAUUCAUAACAAGGUCAUGGUUAGUCAGAGCAGAUUCCUGUUUAUUCAUAUCAAGGUCUUGUUUAGUCAGAACAGAUUCCUAUUUGUUUAUGGCAAGGUCAUGCUUAGAGCAGGUUCCUGUUUAUUCAUAACAAGGUUUUGUUUAGCUAGAACAGAUUCCUAUUUGUUUAUAACAAGGUCAUGUUUAGUCAGAGCAGAUUCCUGUUUAUUCAUAACAAGGUCUUGUUAAGUCAGAACAGAUUCCUAUUUGUUUAUAACAAGGUCAUGUUUAGUCAGAGCAGAUUCCUGUUUAUUCAUAACAAGGUCUUGUUAAGUCAGAACAGAUUCCUAUUUGUUUAUAACAAGGUCAUGUUUAGUCGGAGCAGAUUCCUGUUUAUUCAUAACAAGUUCUUGUUUAUUCAGAGCUGGGUUCUAUUUAUUCGUUCUUGUUUAUUCACAAUUGAAUUCUCCUUACUCAGAACUCUUACCUGAUUAUGUUACUAUUUGUUCAAAAGCAGUUACUUUAGUUUUAAACAGGAUCCUGUUCAUUUACAAUUAUUCCUGUUUCUUCAGAACUCUUGCUUGUAAUUCCUUUUAUUCAGGUCCUUGCUAUUCUUAGAUCAGGUUCUGCCUAAGCUAAAUCAAUCACGUUUUAUAUAAAAGAAAUGGUACAUGCGUUCUUUUCAGAGCCUUUAUACUUUCAAACUUCAAGUCUCCUUUAGAGAGUAGGAUCAUAUUUGUUAAGACAUGUUCCUAUCUAUGUAGAAUUAUCCAAUUACAUGUAUUUCUAUAUUUAUUCCUGCCACGUUAUCGCUAGCUUCUGGGUUUGUAUUUAAAAAAGACAAGUAAUCUUACACUAUUAUCGGAAAUAAAAAUUGUAUAUAUAUGUAAAUGUACAAUUGUUUUAUUAUAUUAUUUGUUUUCAUAUAUUUAUAUGGAUGUUAUGAUCGCAGGGUCAUAGACUUCUUGGUAGUCCUAAUUUCCAACGCUUUGCAAUACUUAUUGGAGACAUUAGUCCCCAUCAUUUGGCCGCAAGCAUAUUAGUACCCAUCAUUUGGCCGAGAACACAUUAGUCCCCAACAUUUGGCCAAGAACACAUUAGUCCCCUUCAUUUAGCCGCGGACACAAUCAUGUCCCCAUCAUUUGGC